GGUGCAUGUGAAAGUUUACAGUACGAGAGUGAGCGCACAACUUUACCCUAGCUGACGGUGUUCUCAAGUCGGAGGAAGGUAGUCGUGCUCGCUGAAAAGUUGUGAAUGGUGCGGCGGCUCCAAGCUCAGUCCAAGUUGCCUUGCAAUGUUCCAUCACUAGGGGUGCGCAGUCUAGACGAAGCAAACGCGUCUGGAUUGCAGGAAUAUAGCACGCAUCUGGAAAAUCACAGAACAGGUGCCGCUCUUUUGCAUGGACCCAUUGAAGAGCCUUCUAUAAAACCUUCAACCAUCACACAAACUUUGAAGUGCCGCUCUAUAAGCCCAGACGGCGCGCUUCCAUCAGCAGCAUCAGAGUCCAAGCACGCAAAGACCACUGCAAAGCUUUCCAGCUACUUCAUUUCAGCAUCGCGCUCGUUUUGGAGGCGCAAUGGCGGAGAAGAAUGCCCCCGAAGAGCGCGGUUGCCACAUUCCGCUGCUGACGCCCCUCAACAACCAGCUCAAGAAGUUUGGAGUUAUGGUGGACGACGGGCUUAAGGCCACUUUCGGGGCAGUGGGGCUGUUCACCGGAAAGCGGCCGCUGCUGGUCAUCGCCGGGUCCAUCCUUCUGACACUUCUGUUUGCGCUUGGCCUCCUGCGCUUCAAGAUCCAGAACAACCAGGAGAAGCUGUACACUCCACAGAACAGCCAGGCCUUCACUGACAGGGCCUUUGUGAACACCAUCUUCCGGUUCCCAGACCGGGAGACUGUUGUCUUCAUCACAGACCCAAAAAACUCCAACAGCAACAUCCUCACAAAGCCUGCACUGCUGGCUUUCCUUGAUGUGUACAACAAUCUGGCAAGCUUCAACGCCACCAACGCCGGCAUCACAUUCAACUUGGAGAGUCCGCGCAUCUGCGACCGACCCGGCGGCCCUGGCACACCGUGCGACAUCAAAAGCGUGCUUGCAUACUGGAACUACAGCGCGGCAGCCAUCGAGGCAGACCCGGAUAUCGCACUCACGGUCUCCAACCCAGGAACUGACGGUCUCGGCCGGUCCAUCAACCGGGGGGAGGUGAUGGGCGGGGUGGUGACGGACCCGGCAGGCAAGGUGGUGUCCGUGGCGGCUUUCCAGCUGAAGAUCAACAACCAGAACAACAAGCCCAAGAUUGACUCCAGCUCCAAGGACGACUACGUGGAGGCCUGGGAGAAGGGCGCCAUUGAUGUGAUCAACAAGCACUCCCCCCGCACUGUCAUCGCCCCGUACAUCGCCACCGAGUACGGCCAGCAGUACGAGUCGGACAGCGCCAUCAGCGCUGACAUCAGCCUGCUGGUGGUGGGCUAUAUCCUGCUGGCCGCUUAUGGCCUCGUCGUAUUGGCCAAGAACCACCCCGUCUCCAGCGCGUCCUGGCUCGCGGUCGCGUCCAUCGGGAGCAUUUUAUUGGCCGUCGUCUGCGCCUUUGGCUUUGCCAGCGCCAUCGGGACCGAGUUCAGCCUCGUCGAACAGGUGUUGGCGCUGCUGCUGCUUGGCCUGGGCACGGACGACAUGCUGGUCAUUAUGGCGAGCCACCAGGAGACCGCCGACAAGGGCCUCUCCCUCCCGCAGCGCCUCUCCGCCACCAUGGCCAAGGCCGGCCGCGGCAUCAUUGUGACUACGUCGACCAACUUCGUGGCGUUCGCUACGGGCAUCAGCUCCGAGCUGCCCGCGCUGAAGGGCUUCAUGAUCUACGCCGCAGCCGGGGUGAUCUUCGUGUUCGUUUACCAGACGACCUUCUUCGCGGCGUGCCUCCUGCUGGACAUGCGCCGCCAGGCCGCCAACCGCGUCGACUGGCUCUGCUGCAUACAGACCAGCCGCGGGCCUACCCGCGGUUGCGUCGGAACCUUCACCCCGGGCGGGGAUAACAUCAGCCAGCGACUGAUCGGGAGGUACUUACCGGCCGCCAUUCUGCACUGGGCGGGCAAGAUUGUGGUGAUGGCAAUUACGGUGGGGCUGCUGGUUUUGGGGGUCGCGGGCGCGGUACAAGUGCAGCAGAACUUUGACGGCGACUGGUUCGUGCCGCAAAAGAGCUACUACCAGGACGUGCUGAAGGUGCAGAAGCAGUACUUCCAAGGCAACGUGGUGCCCUUCGGCGUCUACACCAAGAAUUUGGCGCAGCCGCCGCUGGACUACUUCGCGCACCAGCAGGAGCUCGAGGCCAUUUCCACCGAGCUCAAGGCCAGCCCUUACGUUGCAACCAUUCCCCCGGUUGACUCGUGGUACGCUGCUUACGUGGCGUGGCUGCCCACCAGCAGCCACGCGGCCGCGCUGUCCGCCGCGGGGCUGCCCCGGACGUCCGCCGACUUCCACGCCUGGCUCGCCGAGUUCCUGGACACGAGCGGCGCGCGGUACGUGCGUGACGUCAUCUUCUUCGACGGCAACCGGACGAGCGUCAGGGCAACCAAGGUCCAGGCCUACUUCAAGAACGCGCCCAACUCGCGGUACCAGGUGGACGCCAUGAAUGCGGCGCGGGAUAUCGCGCUCAGCGCCGCUCCCACCCUCAACGGCAUCGCGUAUACGGACGCGUUCCUCUUCUGGCAGGGCUACGAGUCGAUCGUGUGGGAUACGUUGCGUGACGUCAUCAUCGCGGGGUCGGUGGUGUUCGUCAUCAUGAUCGUGCUGCUCGGGGACCUCGUGGCCGCCAUCGCCGUCGGCGCCAUGGUGGUGUGUGUGGACGUGGAGCUGGUGGGGUCGCUGCACUGGCUGGGCCUGAGCUUCAACGCCGUGACGGCCAUCAAUCUGCUGCUGGCCAUCGGGAUCGCCGUCGACUACUCCGCAUUCAUCGCCUACUCCUUCAUGGACUCGCACGGCUCGCGCGACGCGCGCGCCAAGAAGGCGCUCGCGCGCCUGGGCGUGGCCGUCUUCAACGGCGGCUUCACCGUCUUCCUCGCCAUCGUCUGCUGCGCGGGCGCGCAGUCGUACAUCUUCCGCACCUUCUUCAAGAUGUUUUCGGGCAUCGUGCUGCUGGGGCUGUGGCACGGCCUGGUGGCGCUCCCCGUGAUCCUGAGCCUCAUCGGGACGGCCCCCUACCAGAGCCUCGCGAGCUCAGACUACGCCGACAACGGCGUGCUCAACGCCCCCGCGGGGGGGAAAGACGACAAGGCCCCGGUGAAAGAGGUCGCCAUGCAGGCGCCAACCGUGCCCACCAUUGUUGGGAACGGCUUGUCCAUUCACUGACGCGUCUUCGAACUAGAGCUGCUAUAACCGCGCUGAUCGGUUUAUAUAAGAUUGGGCGGUCGGUCAAAAAGGUCGAUGGUAAUGCUUAGCCCAUUGCGGAAGACCAUCAUGGUCGAUAACGUAUUUUGAGGGCAAUCAGCUAGGUACUCCUAUUGUUAUCUACUUGUACAUAUUUAUCGAUGAGGUCUACGUACAUGGACCGGGUCGCACAUUGCGGGAGGAUUUUUGUAUCAUAAAGAUAUUUUAACCGUUUGUGAUGUCUUCAUACUGAGCACAUUUGGUCGACUCCUGUGGCCUUGCCAGCAUCUAAAAAUAUAGACAAAUAAGGCUGAGUCGUGCAUAGGCAAUCGGGAUUCGAACCGAUGGGAAUGUGACCGGCGUUCUACAGCUUAGCACCAACUCAGUAAGAGCUGCAAGCCGCUGCGGCAAGCAGAAAAUACGUCGCGCAAUAGACAUGAGGCGAAUAUUGCCAA